AUGUCAAAACGCAGUUUUCGCGAUAUGAACUCUUUGAGAGCCAGCGUUUUGCGAGAUACGCUGGAACCAAGAAAAUCUCCUGGGAUUGGCUACACUAGUAAAGUCCACAUCCGAGAGAAAUACCAUAUCGUUGGGUUCAUCAGCAGUGGCACCUAUGGACGAGUUUAUAAGGCAAUCGGCAGAAACAGUCAGAAGCGGGAGUUUGCGAUUAAAAAUAAUUGGGUUUUGCACCGAGAUCUCAAACCUGCAAAUAUUCUAGUUACAUCUACUGGUGCGGUUCGAAUCGGCGACCUCGGCCUCGCACGUCUCUUUUACAAACCUCUUAACUCUCUUUUCUCCGGCGAUAAAGUUGUCGUGACAAUUUGGUACCGAGCCCCUGAGUUGUUACUUGGAAGCCGGCAUUAUACGCCUGCUAUCGAUCUCUGGGCUUUUCAGAAUCUAGUCUUAGCUCGAGGCGGAAGCCACGUGAACAAACCAUCCAAUUUGGGAAGCCUGGGUAUCAUGGCAUGUGCAAAUGCCGCAGGAUACCCAUCAUCGCCGUCUGGGUCUCCUGGAAGAGAAGGAUUUGAUCUUCUUUCCCGUCUUCUAGAAUACGAUCCCGAAAAGCGCCUAACCGCCGAAGAGGCGUUGAAACACCCAUAUUUCUCAAUCGGUUCUCCGGUAACUGCAAAUUGCUUUGAAGGAUUUGAAGGAAAAUACCCGAACCGGCGAGUUAGCCAGGAUGACAACGAUAUUCGGACAAGCAGUUUGCCGGGUACGAAAAAGAGUGGUCUCCCAGAUGAUACCCUAGCUUCCAGAGCGGCAAAGCGACAUAAAGAAGGAUAA